AUGUAUUUAUUAUUUCAGAACGGCAUCCAGUGCGACAUGUUCCAGGGGAUUCCCUAUGCCCAGCCACCCGUCGGGGAAUUACGGUUUCGGAAACCCCAGCCCGCCAAGCGAUGGGAAGGAGUGCUGAAAUGCACCCGAUACCGCAACCGCUCCCUGCAAAGCGAUAUGUUUUGGGAAAAGCUGACGCAAAGUGCUUCCUGCUCCGAGGAUUGUCUCUAUUUGAACGUGUUCGCGCCGGCCGUCGAUGGGGAAAAGACGUACCCAGUGUUGUUCUACAUCCACGGCGGCGGCUUCGUGAUGGACAGCCCGGCGCGGCUGGUGCCGAAAAAGCUGUGCAAACAAUUGGCCUCCAAAGGAAUCGUGGUCGUUACCGUAACCUACCGCCUUGGAUACCUCGGCUUUUUCUCGACCGGAGAUGAGGCGUGCCAGGGAAACAUGGGCCUAUACGAUCAGGCGAUGGCGCUGCGCUGGGUCAAAAACAAUGUUUCGGCGUUCGGCGGCAACCCGAACGAUAUUACGGUGGCCGGGCAGAGCGCCGGAGCCGUGAGCACCGAUUUGUUGAGCCUCAGCCCAGUUACGCGAGACCUGUUCCAGAAGAAAAUCGUGAUGGGCGGCAAUUCGUUCUGCCACUGGGGCACCACAACACAGGCUGAACUCGCCGAUUAUUGCCGCAAAAAGGCCGAAAAACUGGGAUGGCGCCCCCAACAGGAUUACAAUUCGACGGCCGAAGAAAGCGAGGAUAUGAUGCGAUUUUUACGGACCGUGCCGGCGCAUAAAUUUGCGACGACAAUGUAUGGGAAUAAAAUAAUCUUUUCCGAGGGACGGCUACCGCUGGCCCCGGUGAUGGACGAGGCAUUUUUGCCGAGACCGCUAGCCGAUCUUCGAAGGGAGGCCCCAAAAAUGGAGAGCAUCGUCGGAGGUGGACACGAGGAAUCCCUGCUUUUUAUCGCGAUUGGCUUCCUGAAAUGCAACGAGAAGGACUGGGAGCACGCGCUGCAGAUGAUCGCCAAAAAGUCUGCGAAUUUUGGGCAAAAGGAGGUUACCGAACUGGCCCACAAGCUCUACGGCGACCCGGCCAAGCUGCGCGGCCAAAAAUCCGAAAUGGCCAAGAUGUACGCCACGAUGAUCAGCGACGUGGUGGGGAAUUACGCGUGCCAUCGAUAUUUGAGGGACAGUCAAACACACGACAAGGCUACAUUUGCCUAUAGCUUUGACUACACGUCGAAACUGAUGUACGGAUGGCUGGCACCGAUGGCACCGGGAGGAGGCGGGACCCACGCCUCCGAUAUCAUCUACCUGCUCGACGUGAAUUACUUCUCGUCCCCGUUGCCAAAAGACAAAGACGAUCGGGCAAUGUGCAAAAUGACCGCCGACUAUUUCGCCAAUUUCAUCAAGACUGGAAACCCAAACACUGAGAAAACGGCGCAACUCUGGGAGCCGGUGCCGAAAAAGGACGAACUCCGCAUGUUCUCCUUUGAUUUGCAGCCGAAAAUGCUGCCCAAGCUAUACGAUGGGCGCAUCGACAAGCUGGAGGCGAUGGCCGUCGAGAUGAAGGCGCAGCGCAUCAUCGAGCAGACCACUGACUCAAUUCUCUCGUCAGCUCGUUCUCCCCUCAACCGUAGCCGCUCCAUCGAAAUUCUCGACGACAAACCGGUGCUCAUUCCCGCCAAAAAGCGAGCCCAAUCAUCCCAUCGAUACCUACGAAAUAAUUCCGUGGUUCCGGUAACUGAAGAAAUUCAGGUCACCGCG